AUGCGCCCCCAUCGCUUCUGGGGUCUGUCUGCCCUCCUCGCCUCCCCCUCUGCACUACCCUCGGCGCAGGCCACGCAGGCUGCAAAGCACGCGAUCCUCCAAGGGUCUCUGCAAGCGGGAACGUGGGCGAAGCAGACCAAGGAAGUCUUCGAGCUCGACUCACUCAACACUUGUGAUGCUUGCAUGAAUUUACUCAGCGUUCUGGAAGCUCUCAGUGAGCACAAUGAGAACCCGGUUGAGGCCCUUAUGAAGAAGCUAUGCAUAUCUACCACCCAUUUCAAUGAACGGUACUGCGAGCGCGUUGGCCAGAAGCAUGUUCCCGAGCUCAUGUACAUUGCGAGGGGCGUGGACCCCUACUCGCCCACGGCAAAGCAGUUUUGCUUUUCGCUCUUUGGCGUCUGCGACCCCCCUGAGGUGCGGGAAUGGAGGUUUCCCUUCCCGAGCCUGCCGUUCUGCGACGAGAAGGAUGAACCCAAGGCCAUCAUACCCAAGAAGCCCAAGAAACCCAAGAAGCAGAAGCGCCCGCUCAGGAUCGUUCACUUCACCGACAUUCACUAUGACAAGGAAUAUUGGCCUGGUACCAGCACCACGUGUGACUACCCAAGGUGCUGCCGACUGGCCCCCUGGGCACCCUUUGAAGAUUCUUGGAACCCGCCACCGAGACCAUGGCCCGAGAAUAUACAGUCUCCUGCCGGCUGGAAUGGCGAACACAACUGCGGCACGCCGCAGGGGCUGGAGCUGAGCAUGUAUAACAAGAUCAAGGAGGUCUUGGAUAGACGCCAUUACAGGAAACAGGGUUGGGACGGGAGGGGCCCGAUGAUCCUCUUCACCGGCGACAUUUCUCAUCAACUGAUUUCCGAUAUCAGUGGGAGCAUCGCCACAAAUUAUACCGACCGAUUCUAUGGCCCGAGGAUGAAGUGGCUGUCCGAGCCGUACUACUGGAUCUUCGGCACCCUCGGCAACCACGACGCGCACAGCGUCAAUAUCUUCGAGCCGACGCAGAUGGGAUGGUCGACGCGGUGGCUGUACAACGUCACCGGAACGGGGCUGGCGCAGUACCUCGGCUGGGACGUGAAGCGGCAGAUGCUCAAGCACGGCGCCUACUCGACCCGGGUCCGGGGGCUCAACCUGCGCAUCAUCUCCCUCAACACCAACCUGUACAGCCGGCUCAACUGGGCGCUGUACCUGCUCAACGGCGCGCGCGACCCGGACGGCCAGCUGUACUGGCUCGCGCAGGAGCUGGACAGGGCGGAGAAGGCCGGCCAGCCCGUGUACAUCAUCGGCCACAUGCACUUUGGCCACCCGGACGCGCUGCCGGAUCAGUCCAACUACUUUGACCAGAUCGUAAGGCGGUACGCCUCGACGAUCCGCGGCAUGUUCUUCGGCCACACGCACCUGGACGAGUUUGCGGUGAGCUACUCGGACCCGGCCCGGCGCGACGCCGACCACGCCGCGGCCGUCUCGUACAUUGGCCCGUCGCUGUCGCCGGACACGGGGAUGCCGGCGUUCCGCGUGUACGACGUGGACCCGGACACGUUCGCGGUGCGCGACUUUGUCACGUACAUUGCCGACAUGGAGGACCCGGCGUUCCAGCGCGAGGAGGGCCCCAGGUGGACGCGGUACUACUCGGCCAAAGAGGCGUACGGCUGGGCGGCCUCGCCGCCGCUCGGCGAGGAGGACGGGCUGACGCCGGCGUUCUGGCACAACCUAACCGAGGCGUUUGAGCGCAACGCGACGCUGUUCGACGAGUUCGUGCUGCGCAAGACGAGGGGGUGGAUCAGGGACAAGUGCGAGGGGGAGUGCAAGGAGAAGGAGCUUUGCCAGCUGCGCGCGGGGCGCAGCCAGGACGGCUGCAGCGUGCGCGGGGAGGGCAUCGUCUGGGGGUUCGGGGAGCCGUUCAAGGUUGGAAACGGUAGUAGGGGCGGGGGCGAGAAGGAGAGGCGCGGGGUGGACAGCAGGGCGUGCGCGGAGACGGAGCUGCCGGACGUGAUCGGGGGCUUGCUCUCGCGCGGGGACCUGCUGGAGGAGUUGCAGGCGAGGUUCGUGGCGGGCAACGGGACGAUCAGGCCGUGGGAGGAGGCGCGGCCGGAGGUGUGCGAGCGGUCGACGGUGGUGAUGCCGAGAGGGUGGAACGCGACGGGGAACUGCGUGGACCGCGAGGCGACUAAGGAGCCGUUUGAGACGGCGGCGGGGGAAGAUUGA